AAAAAAAAAGAAGAAAUUGUGAGAGGAUUCAUAAUCCCAUUCCCCUGCUCCUUCGACCUCACUUUCAUAGUUUCCCAACAAUAGCCCAAUCCCGUGCCUUUGCCCAUUUGGGCUUUUGGGGUCCUCCCCAUUCUCCCUCUCUCUCUCUCGCUCUCUCGAUUCUCUCUCUCUCGAUUCUCUUUCUCUUUCUCUUUCUCUUCCUUUAUUUAUUCCUUUCGCUUUCGAUCAUCAUCGCAAUUCACCACCCCGGGAAAAGUGGGAACAAAGCGAAAAACCGAGAGGAAGCGAGGGAGCUUUUGUUUUGCGUGCAAGGUCUCUAAAAGUGGGAGCUGCGUUUUCGCUGCUGUUGGAGAGAGACCUCAAUUGGUGGCGGUUCCUUUUAAUUUUUGGGUUUGUGGUGUACGAAAUCGUCGAAAGGUGCGAUCUUGAAGCGUAUUUCGCGAUCUUUCCAGAGCCCACCGAGGCGUUUUACGUGGAAGAGAAAAGUAUUGCAGCAGUGAGCGACACUAUCCUUCUUCUCUUGUUUCAAUGAGUGAAGAAGCAACAGAGAGGGGCAUUAUCUCACCAACUCCUAUAAACUCGAGAGCGAAAGCAGAUAAUGGCAGCGCAAAGCCUAUACCCCAUUAUCUCAAGCCUUCUUCUGGUUCUUGCCACGACUUCUGUAAAUAUGGACAUAAACAUGGGUUUGAUACUAAGAAAAGGAUACCUGUUCAUUUCCAAAAGGGAAAUAAUACUAUUAAGAUUCCUGAGAGAGAAAAAGAUCAGUUAAUUAUUACAAGCCAUAAAGGGAGAAGAAAGAGAGAAGAGGUUAAGCCGAAGAUAUCUUCGUCAGAGGAUGAUCGUUCUAUUAAGUCGAUGCCAUUGCCACCUGAAAAAGUAUAUCAGCUUUUUGAUCCACCCAUGAAUUUAGCAGAAGCACCAGCAGAAGCUCCUUUGAGCACAGAUCUUAGCUCUCACACAGCUGAUUUAAAGGGUGCCUUUUCUCUUGGAAAUACACCACCUGAUAUAGAUGGAGGAUCGUCUGAGGAGGCUGUGAGCAUAAAAUUAGUGAUACCAUCAACCAUCCAGAAAAGUGAUGCAUUGGACAAAGAUGCACGAGCUGAUUCGGUGGGAUCAUCUGAUGAAAAUUUAAGCAUAAAGUCGGCUGGAGAAGGAUUAUCCGAGGAGCAUGUAAGCUUAGGGCCAAUCACAGAAUAUGUUCAAGAAGCCAUUGUAUCGGCUGAGCUUAAUGGAACAGCUGAAGCACUUGUCAAAAACAAAGGUAAUCAAAUGGAAGAAACACCCCGUAAGCAAGCAGCGGGACUUUCUAUGGAAAAGAAAUCAAUGAAGGUUUCGAAUUCGAGCGAUUUGAAAAAGCCAGAACUGAGAAAACCAAAGGUUGUUGAGAAAAUUGAGGGUUCUGAUAAGGCUAAAACUACCAAGAAAAAGAAUGGUGAAGAAGGGGAAUUUGGCAGAAAUAAAAUUGCUCCAUCUCCUCUUAAAAGAACACUAAAAUCUUUCAAAGAAACAAGUAACAACGAGAAGACGAAGAAGAGCCCAUCGUCUGUAAAGAGUAUGAUUGCAUCUGUCAAAUCAAGAGUUAACGAGAAUCAAUCUUUGUCAUCACCUACUGCAACUGAUUUAUCUGUCAAACGUCGUAGCUUUCCAAAGCCAGAAACUUCAGUGGUGAAAACAAAACUUUCAUCAAUUUCUUUAGGAGGCCAAGCAAGCCGAAAGAGCCUGGCGAAGAAGACUACCGAGGGCGAAGAUGAGCCAGACAAUGGACAAAAGGAUGUGAGGAAGCAGCUCAAGCCGUCUAUUCCUGUAAAGGCUGCUCUCAAGUCGGUUUCAAGCAUUAAGCUGAGAAAAUACAAUAAAGCUAUUUCCAUCUCCCCAACAAAGAACCAAAGGGAACUUGGAAGAUUGGAUUCUCGUGCUGAUAAUAUCAAGGAGAAAACCUUACAUGUCAUUGACUGGAAAUUAGAGAAGACAGAUAUUAAGAUCAUAAAAAAGAAAUCUUUCAAAGACAAUUUCUCCUCACCAGCGAGAAGUUCAUUGUUGGCCUCAUCAUCAAAACCUGCACCAUCGAUUUCAUCUCGUGGAAAAGAAGUGCAUGGCUCCGUGUCAGCAAUCACUGAAGUCUCGAAUGAUUUAAAAGGUGUAAACAUCAGGAAAUUGAGAAGAAGUGCAAGUGUUAUCUCCGACGAUAACUUGACUUCACCCCACAAGAUGAAAUUUCGCAGAGGCAAGGUGGUGAACAUUCAGUCCGAGAACAAUGGACCGAGAAGACUAAAAUUCAGGAAGCCGAGAGUGGUCGGUGAAAAUCAGAAUACUAAAGGGGAAGUGGAGGGGAGAAACUUCAUUAGGAGGAGAGAGUCUGCUGCUGUAGACUCGAGUACCUCAGAAGCACCAAUUAUUGUGUUGAGACAUCAAGAUGUGCUAGGAAAGAAAGAUUCACAAGGCCUAUUCAAUCAUGUCAUAGAAGAAACGGCGAGUAAGCUUGUUGAAACUAGAAAGAGUAAGGUGAAGGCCUUGGUGGGUGCUUUUGAAACUGUGAUCUUGCUGCAAGAAAGCAAAUCAGUUCCGACAGCCGAAGUUCCGUGAUUUUAUUUCGUGACGUAAGUAUUUAAUAGAUUGCGUACAUUUUUUGCCCCUUGCGGAUUACUCCAUAUAAUCUUUAAUUUCUUUCUUGAGGAGUUGAAAGGUUUGUAUGUUUCCUGUAUAUGUGAGUGGCUUGUUGUCAGCCUUUCGAUGCACUGCAGAGAGUGGCGGUAUAAAUCUUUUUCAUUUUCUUCUUCUUUUUUUUUUUUUUGGUUUGAUACUUAAAUACCAAUUUGAUUUGAUUCUUCUCAUACAUGUCAGAUGUUGAAUAAUAAGCUGUGGGAGGUACUGCUAUUUUGAGUGGCAUCUAUAUAGAAUUUUCCCUUGUGUCAUUCUCAGAAGGUUGUAAUUGGACUAAAUAUCUGAGGGUGUUAUUUCCAAACCUUUUGUGUAUGUGUAUGUCGUUUUCUUUUAUAAUUUGUUAUUUAAAUCUAUCUUGUAAAUGAUACUGGUGAUUCUCAAAAUUUGAUGUUUGAUUUA